UAACGACAUCGUUUAAACUGCAACUCAUCACCCUUCUACUCGUGAAGAAGGCCGCGUGAACAGCUGCUCAAGGGAGAAUCUAGUAGGGAGGCAAAGCGCGAGUAAGUGAGCGAAUCGAAAUGGCGAUAUCGGGAGAUCUCAGGGUCUCUGCAACACUGGCCUCUUACCACAAGCACCCUCUUCGAAGCUCGUUGCCUACUUCAAAUUCAAAGGUAGAGUUCAUUGGUUUCCCUGGUCGGGGAUCUGGCACAACCCCAAACAGACACAAGUGGCCUGGUAUCAUGCUUGAUAGAUAUAAAAUGCAGGAUCACUCUAGACGAUUUUCUGGGAUUAGUGGAGAUUAUCAGCUGUCUUCGACUUCAAUUAGAGAUGAUGCUGAAAGCUUUCUCCUAAAUGCCAUAAACAUGAGCUUCCUGGAGCGUUUAAACCUGGCAUGGAAGAUAAUAUUCCCAUCACCAGCACGAAGAAAGAGCUCAAAUGCAAGGAUUGCCAAACAGCGGUUGAAGAUGAUUCUUUUCUCUGACAGAUGUGCUGUUAGCGACGAGGCAAAACAGAAGAUUGUAAGAAACGUUGUGCAUGCUCUAUCAGAAUUUGUGGAAAUAGACUCAGAGGACAAAGUCCAGCUAAGUGUCACUGCAGAUCUCGAUCUUGGGACUGUGUACUCUGUUACAGUGCCCGUACGAAGGGUGAGGCCAGAAUAUCAGGAUGCAGAAGAAACUGGAUCAAUAACAAACAUCGAAUACAAAGAUACUGGCGACACUUCUGGUUCUGUGGAUGUCAGAUUUGAUUUCUUCAUCCCAGAUGAAAGAACUCGGUGAUUUUAACACUUAUGAUAAAACGAUGUGUCUUCAAGUACCAAAGACUUUGUUUUCCAUGUUGGGAUCUUUAGCUAGGGAGAUAAGCUUACAGUUGUGUAUAUAUAAGAAAUGUCUGGUAAGCUAUUGAAGAUUUUCCUGUCUUUAUUUUUGCAGUUGAUUCAAUAGCUGAGUUAAUAACGUUAAAGCAUGUCUAUACUGUGCGUGUACUGUUGUAUGUUAACAAGCAUCGUAUUUGAAUCCUCCAGAGGGUAUUUCCGUA